CGUUCACGUUGCACGCGGUGCACGCAUUGUGCUCCUAGGCUUGCUCCCACAGAGAAAACGCCCUCUAACCCUUGCCACGAAGCCUAACCGAACUGACUGCAGUCCCCGGAACUCGGCACAAUCCAUCGCUGGGCCUUAAGAGAAACAGUGAACAUGUCGAAGAAGUCAACGACGAGCGACGGGCAGGUCAUCAAGGUCAAGGAAGCCGCCGAGCGUCGCCGUCCGAGGCGCCCGCAUCGGGAGGACACGGACGCUCAGGCCACCUCUGCCUCUCAGGCUAUUGGCUACGAGAGCGAAAUAGGACCGGAUCCUUCGACAUGCACGGCGCGAACCGAACGCACGACAGCUUCGUCGAGCCGCGGACGCGGGACGCAAGACAGCGGACAAUCGGCUGCACGAGCAGGUACCCAGCGCCGCGGCAGACACUGCGCGCCAUUCCCGUCGCAUUAGGCGCGCUAGCAAGACGUCGAAGAAGUCCAAGUAUCAAAACGGCGAACCCGCACUCGACACGUCGGCGACCAGCAAGGCGAAGGUACCGAAAGGCGCCGAUAAUGCACGCGAGAAGCCGGGUUCGGAACACGACAGACAGACGACCAAGCAGAAAGGCCAGGCAGGCCAGGACGGGUUCCUGGACCGACGAGCCAAUCCUUUCGCCGAAGCUGGUGGCAGUGGAAGUAACCCUGCCCAGGCGCAGUCGGCGACGAGAGCGGGCAAGGUGGACGGGUUCUCGACCGCCCAAUCUUAUUUGGCGAACUUCUACACUCUGGCCGCCACUUUAGCGAACACGCUGACCACGCUGUCGGGCCCUCGGCAACAGUCACAAGUCGUAGGCAGCAGUCCCGGUGCUUACUGCACCAUGUCUGUGGCUUCAACUGUCAAGAACGCUUCGGACCAACAGGGGCAGUCGUUCACGAAUAAUUUGCCCAACCAGGAACAGACCAAUCUGGCUCCAGACGUUUGCAGCGCAGGCUCCCCUGGUGUAACUUCAGCGGAGAGCGAGAAACCGAUAAUCGGAUCUGUUUCCCUGGGUCUCAAGCAACCUGUAGCCAAGGCGCUUGCGGAAGUUCCAUCGAUCGAACAGGCGAAGGCGCCAGAGGGCACCACGAGCGCAAGUCCCGCCGAUCAAGUCUGCUUUGCAGCGAGCUCCUCUGAUGUCGCAAGGAAAGGCGCCACAUCUGCCCCGCCCGGCUCGCCCACCUCCAGGGUGUACAAGAAAGUUGCAACAAUCCUCACCAUGUCACCAUUGAGGUUUCCUGGGAUGAAGAAGGAGAACAGAAUCGAGAUGAGGGUCCUCACCAUCGUCGCGAUUGUUGUGACUGUCGCCGGGAUCUUCAGCGUCAUUGGCUUCUUGAUCGCAACCCGCCGCAGCGGCACAAAGCUGAAGGACUACUGCGACACGGAAGGCUGCCUGUACCACGCUUGGACGCUCACGCGCAAACUGAACCGUAGCAUCGAUCCGUGCGACGAUUUUACCGCUUACGUCUGCUCCGCCUGGGCACCGUCGGGCGCGUACAGUGAGCAGGCCAAGUCACCCAUAGACGGCAUCCUGUACUCUCGGUUCAUCGGCUUCCGAGAAAUGCUCACCAAAGGCACUCGCCAGCUGCCAGUAGGAGAGAAGGCGCGCGCCAUGCAAGAUGCCUGCAUGGAUUCCGCAGCUGAAACCGCAGCCACCAUCGAAGAGUUUCGGCGCCUAAUGCAGGCCAUGAGGUUAAGCUGGCCGGAACCGCCUAGCAGAGAUUCGAACGCGCUAGGCGUAGUGCUUUCGCUGGCGUUCCAGUGGCAGAUACCGCUGUGGCUCAUGAUCAACACGCCCACGCUGCAGAAGACCGAUUGGCGCCUGAGCGUUAGACCAGGGGAAUAUAUACCGUUGCUGCAAGAACCAGUACGUCAGCGUGACGAGCGGCGGUGGGUACGUGGGCUACUGGAUUGGCUUCUACAACGCCUUGCGUACCAGCGCCACCAUUCCUUUAAGGAAAUCCCCAAAUAGAACGUGUUGCU